UAUCCAAGGCUUGUGGUGUGGCUAUCGCUGUGUCACCAAAACCCAAACCUCUCCCGCUUUCUCCCUCUGCAACCGCCUUUGCGUUUUAUCUUCUUCACUCCAACAAAUAAAAACCAAAUUUCAAUUCAAUCCAAUUGCCACUAACAACAACUAUUUGGUGGAUGGAAUCUGAAAAAUACAUUGCAUUUCCUUUCUCUUCUUGACUUGGAGUUUGACUGGAUGAGCUCCCCAUGCCUUUAUUAGGUGAACUCUACCACUUUUAUCUUGACCCUUUUCAAUUUUCACUCUCUUUUACACUUUUCUUUCUUGAAAUUUGUAGUUGGAACUAUUUGGGAUAUGUACUGAAGUAGCCGUCAUGUUUUGUGUUCUUUAUUGCGCAGAUAUAGCUACUACACAGCCUUGUUCAGUUAGUUCCCAAACUGUAUUUGGUACUAGACUUGUUUACAACAAUGAUAUUAGAUUUGUAUCUACUUGGAAUUCAUUCCGUAUACCACAAAAACCUCCAAAUUCAAGAAUUAAGUUAUUUCGGGGUGGGUUGAUGAUAAGGGCAGUAGCUACCCUUGAAAAAGGACCCACCAAGAACACCCAAAGCAAUAAGGAACAAAACGAUUUCGGUGGUGUGAGGAUGGGAAAAUAUUCAACUUCUACUGUUGUUGAAAGUGAGGAAAGUCAGUUGAAUGAGAGAGAGAAGUUGAGGCGAAUGAGGAUAUCGAAAGCUAAUAAAGGGAAUACACCUUGGAAUAAAGGCAGGAAACACAGUCCAGAAACUUUGCAACGGAUUCGAGAGCGUACCAGGAUUGCAAUGCAGGAUCCUAAGGUGAAAAUGAAGUUGGUUAACCUGGGGCAUGCUCAAAGUGAGGAAACAAGGUUGAAAAUUGGUGUUGCUGUAAGGAUUGGAUGGGAAAGGCGCCGUGGGAAGUUGAUGCUCCAGGAAACUUGCCAUUAUGAGUGGCAAAAUUUGAUUGCAGAAGCUUCUAGGAGUGGCCUUAUGGGUGAGGAAGAAUUGCAGUGGGACUCUUACGAGAUUUUGAGCAAACAGCUUGAGCAGGAGUGGAUAAAGAGUGUUGAGGAAAGAAAAAAUAUGCCCAGGCUUAAGGGUAACAAGAGAGCUCCCAAAUCUGCUGAACAGAGGAGGAAGAUUUCAGAGGCCAUUGCAGCCAAAUGGGCUGAUCCUGAUUACCGUACUCGGGUCCGUACUGCUCUGAAUAAAUAUCACGGAAUACCAGAGGGGGUUGAACGAAGACCCAGGAAAAAGCCUGUUAGUGAUGGACAGACCAGAAAAAGAAGCCCUCCGAAAAAGAAAGCUAAUGAAAUGGAUAAUCUGGUGAAGUCCGAGCCUAAGAGCCAAGUUCAACGUGUUCGAUUGAGGAGAAAAAACACACCAGUGUACAGGGAUCCUUUGGCUAGUUCGAAGUUAGAAAUGUUAAAGAAUAUCAGGGCACAGAGAGUAGGUAUUGACCAGAAGAAGAUUGAAGCCGUCACGAGAGCAAAAGCAUUGAUAGCUGAGGCUGAGAAGGCUGCAGAGGCCUUGGAAGUGGCUGCCCAGAGUAGCCCUGUUGCUCAAGCGUCUCUCGUUGAAACUCGGAAGCUCAUCUCUGAAGCUAUCCAGUCCAUUGAAUCUAUAGAGACAGAGGUGGCUGUUAUAGAUGGAAAUCUUUCAUCACCUUCAACUGAGCUGCUGAGCCACACUGCAGACAAGGGAGAUUCAGAAUUUGGAGCUCUGGUUGAUCCUGGUGAAAGAAUAAAUGGUUGGCAUACUGUGACGCCUACGAAUCGCGAUUUAGAAAAUGGACAACAUGCCUUGCAAGGUUUACUGAAUGGUAAAAGCUCAGCUCUCUCGUCAGGCUCUGGUGACUAUGACUUAUUGGGUGACAGGCAGGAAGUCUAUCAAAUGAUUUCUAGUAAUUUAUCUCUGGAAAAGGAGGCCAAUAAUAUCACACAGCGCACCACCUCUACUCAGAGACUUGAUGAGGAUGAAGCCAAUGAAAGCCCAGGCGAUGAACAGAAACAGCUUCUAAACAGUGAUGAAUCUGAUGAAGGCCAAGGACGUGAACAGAAACCGCUACCAAACGGAUUGAUUUCUGGGAAGAAAUGGGUCCGUGGGAGACUGGUUGAAGUAAGUGAAGGAUCUUAGAUUAGUUGAAGGAAUAUUGAAGUAUCUGAUUUACAAACAUGGAAUGCAUCUCAUGGAUGCACUAUAGAGUAUACUUAUGCCUACAACAAAUUUUGACACAGAGAGUUCUCUCUGCAAAUCAAAUCAUAGUUCGAGCUUCUCGCCGCUUGAUAGUUGCAAAAAUAGGCAUUUCGUCUAGUUUCAUGCUAGAUGCAUAUUUUCUUGUAGUACCUUUACCAUGACCAAUUAUGUAAAGUUUCAGGAUAGACCUGGCCGCAUUUUAAUUUGUCGUGCCCCAGUUUAGUUUAUUCCAAUUAUUAUUGUCACAUUUGAUUCGUUUC